AUGAAGCGCAGCGAUCCCUUCCAAUUUGGCUCGCGCUUCCUCGAAAAAGGCGACGAUGUCUACGAAUUCAACGCAUGGGACCACGUCGAGCCUGACGACGAAUUCAAAGCCUUCGCCGAAGGCCAAUACGAGAAGCAGCGCGCGGCCCCGGUCUCGGAUUUCGAUCAGCGCCGUUUCAACAAUGAUCCGGCUAAAUGGUGGGAUCUGUUUUAUAAGAAUAAUACGGACAAUUUCUUCAAUGAUCGGAAGUGGUUGCAGCAGGAGUUUCCGAUUCUAGAAGAAGUUACGCGCAAAGAUGCGGGCAAGAAGGUCGUGCUGGAAGUUGGGGCGGGGGCGGGAAAUACUGCUUUUCCUUUGCUGAGGAAUAAUGAGAAUGAGGAACUUGAAUUGCAUGCUUGUGAUUUCUCAAAGUAUGCUGUUAAGGUUAUGCGGGAGAGUGAUCAGUAUAAUACUAAGCAUAUGGUUGCGGAUGUUUGGGAUGUUUCGGCUAAGCCGAGUGAGGAGGAGGGUGAUUCUUUGCCCCCCGGUUUGAGUGAAGGGUCGUGUGAUGUGAUUGUUCUCAUUUUCAUUUUCUCGGCUCUCUCGCCGGAGGAGUGGGAUCAUGCUAUUCGCAAUCUUUACCGUUUGCUCAAGCCUGGUGGUUGUAUCUUGUUCCGUGAUUAUGGUCGUGGUGACCUUGCCCAGGUUCGCAUGAAGAAGAAUCGUUAUCUGGAGGAGAACUUUUAUGUUCGUGGUGAUGGUACCCGUGUCUACUUCUUUGAUCCGGAACAGUUGACCCAGAUGUGGAGUCAGUGGACGCCAGAGGGUGGAAUCCAGGUGGAUCUUGAGAAACCCAAGCCUGAGUCCAAUGGCUGCUUUGAAGUCGUGCAUAUGGGCGCGGACCGCCGACUCAUCGUCAAUCGUGCUUCUAAGGUGAAGAUGUACCGCUGCUGGCUGCAGGGUAACUUCCGGAAGCUCGAAGGCCCCGUCGCAGAAAAGAAGAAGACUGAGGCUUGA